AUGGCAGACGGAAGCGAAUCGUUUCUAGCUGGCAGUUCAGUAAAUGGCCAGGCAUCUGCACGCCACCUUGCACAAGAGUUAAAACAAGAUAUUGAUUUUAUGGUGGUAGUAGGCAGCGUAACUAACGAAAGUUGUCUAGUAGCAUCGGAUGUGCCCGGGUUUUUACAAGUGAUAUUUGAUAAAGUAAACGUGAAACAAUGUACCGGUGGCACCGAAUUACCAAUAAAACUAAAUUCUUAUGGACAAAUGUGUGUAGAUGGUUUCAAAAUGAAACAACAAUAUUGUGGUCCAACAGAUACAUAUUCUUUUUUUCCAACAUCAUCUGUUACUAUUAAUAGCAAAACAGCUGCAAAUGCUGCAAAUGUAUAUUAUCAAGUUGAAUUAAACCCUAGUGAACAACAGCCGUCGGGUGCAUUUGCCACACAAUUUGCAGAAGCUUUAAACUUAGCUCGACAACAACGAGCACAAGGUAAUUUUCAUUUAUUAAAAGAAAAAUACAUUCAGGUGUGUAAUCAUUUUCAACAAAUUAUGUCCCAAAUAUUACCACUCUUUGGUUCCACGACUGGUAACAUUCGUAUUGAUAUUCAAGAUUUAAUUGGAUUAACGGGGCCAGCAUAUGAAAUUGAUAUACCACAAGUGAAUAAAGCAAGACUCUAUGCUUUACUUGAAUUUUAUCAUAAAUGGAAAUCUAUUGGAAAUCCAAACUUUUUAGAAGAUUUUGGUAUUUAUGCAUCUUCGUUAUUGAAUUAA